GGAGCAGCGCCCAGUGGGAACAAAGCGGAGGGCGGGCGGCCGGCGGGGCCGAGCCGGGUGCCUCCCGCAACAGGUCUGUCCGCGCGUCCCGGCGGCAGUGCAGGCCCUCCACUUCCCGGGUCGCCGGUCUCCCGCUCCGGGCGGCGAGGCCGGCACCGGCCGCCCUCAUGCGGUUCGGCUCCAAGAUGAUGCCGAUGUUUCUGACAGUGUACCUCAGCAACAACGAGCAGCACUUCACCGAGGUGCCAGUCACCCCUGAAACAACCUGCAGAGAUGUGGUGGAGCUGUGUAAGGAGCCUGGUGAGAGUGAGUGCCACUUGGCUGAAGUGUGGUGUGGCUCAGAGCGUCCCAUAGCCGACAGUGAACGGAUGCUGGAUAUCUUGCAGCGCUUUGGCAUGCAGAGAAGCGAAGUUCGCUUCUUUCUUCGGCAUGAGCGCUCUCCCUGCCGGGAAGGAGGGACUGGACAGAGGUCUCAGGAUCCAGCCUUAAAAAGGAAUGGUGUGAAAAUGCCUGGUGAUCGAAGAAUCGAGAAUGGAAUCAGUGCUCCAAGGAUGGACAUGACACUGGCUGAACUUCAGGAAAUGGCAUCUCGCCAGCAGCAACAAAUUGAGGCUCAACAGCAAAUGCUGGCUAACAAGGAGCAACGUCUGAAGUUCCUGAAACAGCAAGAUCAGCGGCAGCAACAGCAAGCUGCUGAGCAGGAGAAACUCAAGAGACUGAAAGAAAUUGCUGAGAAUCAGGAAGCCAAACUUAAGAAAGUGAGAGCACUCAAAGGCCACGUGGAGCAGAAAAGACUCAGCAAUGGGAAAUUAGUGGAGGAGAUUGAACAGAUGAAUAGCCUGUUCCAGCAGAAGCAGCGAGAGCUUGUGCUGGCCGUCUCAAAGGUGGAGGAACUCACCAGGCAGCUGGAAAUGCUGAAGAACGGCCGAAUUGAUGGUUACCAUGACAACCAGUCAGCUGUAGCCGAACUUGACCGCCUCUACAAGGAACUGCAGUUGAGGAACAAACUGAACCAGGAGCAGAAUGCCAAGCUGCAGCAACAGAGGGAGUGUUUGAACAAGCGCAACUCGGAGGUGGCAGUCAUGGACAAGCGUGUUAAUGAGCUGCGAGAGCGCCUGUGGAAGAAGAAGGCAGCUCUGCAACAGAAAGAGAACGUCCCAGUUUCUUCAGAUGGGAACUUACCACAGCCAGUGGCUUCUGCUCCCAGUCGAGUGGCAGCAGUAGGUCCUUAUAUCCAGUCUUCUACUAUGCCACGUAUUCCUUCCAGACCUGAGCUCUUGGUGAAACCAGCCUUUUCCGAUGGGACCCAAGCUUUGCAGGUGCCUGAUGGCCCUCUGAAAACACAAACUCUGCCCAACAUGAGGGCUGGGAGCAGUGCACAAGCUAAAGUUCCUGCAGGUUCUGUUAUUCCCAGUUCAAAACCUUCCCCAUCUGCCACUGACUGGAGUAGUUCAAAUGCAGACCACCAUAUUAGUCAAGGACCAGCCUUGACUUCAGGAAAAGGAAUUGUGACCAGUGAAGGACAAGCUGAAGGAGAAAGUUUUCUACGAGACAAGGAGAAAAAGGUGCGUCCAUUCUCAAUGUUUGAUGCUGUGGAGCAGUCUGCUGGGCUGGGCACCCUGAGGAAGAACCAGAGCAGUGAGGAUCUCCUGCGGGAGGCACAGACAGCCAAUAAAAAUGUAACAAAGGUGCCCCCACCUGUCCCCACUAAACCAAAGCAGAUAAACUUGCCUUACUUUGGUCAAGCUGGUCAUCUGCAACCUUCUGAUGCUAAGCUGGAUGGAAGCCUGCAGAAGCUGCCUCUGGCUGUUGUAACUAUGGGGAACAAGCAAAAAACAGUGGCACAGCAGCCUUCUCAUCCUUCUCAACAGAUACAGCAAAGAAUUUCUGUACCUCCUGCAGGUCCUUCUUCUAGCCAGGACCAGAUUCUUCCCUCCUCCAAACAGGAGAGUCCCCCAGCAGCAGCUGUGAGGCCUUUUACUCCUCAGCCAUCCAAAGAGACCUCGCUCCCCCCGUUUCGAAAGCCUCCAACGGUGGCUGCGAGUUCGAUCUAUAGCAUGUACACCCAGCAGCAGACUCCUGGCAAGAACUUCCAGCAGGCAGUGCAGAGUGCUCUGACGAGGGCACAGACCAGAGCCCCCCACUUUCCAAGUGUGUACGGCAAGCCUGUGAUGGCAGGAGCUGGUGUACAGAAUCAGCUGCCGCAGACGGAGAAUGUCUACUCGAACCUCCAAGGCAAGCCAGGAAGCCCAGAGCCCGAGAUGGAGACAGCAGCUUCUGCUCAUGAGAGCCAGGAAACAGAGCGAAUCCCCCGGCCCCUUAGCCCGACCAAGCUGCUGCCUUUCUUGUCCAACCCCUACCGCAACCAGAGCGACGCCGACCUGGAGGCGCUGCGGAAGAAGCUCUCCAACGCACCCAGGCCCCUGAAGAAACGGAGCUCCAUCACUGAGCCAGAGGGGCCCAACGGCCCCAAUAUUCAGAAGCUUUUGUAUCAGAGGACCACUCUGGCUGCAAUGGAGACUAUCUCGGCGCCGUCACAUCCCUCCAAGCAGGCGCCUUCAGCUGCCAGUCCUGAGAGCCCGGUGGAAAUCCCGAAUCCUUAUCUCAGUGUGGAACCAGAAAAGGAAACAGCUGCUUCUAUGCCAGAGCCAGCCAUUGCUGAGGAAGCAGAGAACACACCAGCAGAUCAAAGUGAAGACAUUCUUCCCUCUGGAGCUUUGGACACUGUGCCUGAGGGAGUAUCUGAUGGUGAUGAACUCACGCAGACGAAAAUGGAAGAACCAAGCCUAGAAGCUCCACUGCCACUGGAGGUGUACAUGGAAGAAUAUCCUCCAUACCCACCACCUCCCUAUCCUUCAGGGGAACCAGAGAGUCUGGGAGAGGACUCGUUCAAUAUGAGGCCUCCUGAAGUUACUGGACAGUUUUCCUUGCCUCCUGGGAAGAGGACAAACUUGCGUAAAACUGGCUCUGAGAGGAUUGGCCAUGGAAUGAGAGUGAAAUUCAACCCCCUUGCCUUGCUUCUGGAUUCAUCUCUGGAGGGGGAGUUUGACCUCGUGCAGAGAAUAAUUUAUGAGGUUGAAGAUCCCAGCAUGCCCAAUGAUGAAGGGAUUACUGCUCUGCACAACGCUGUGUGUGCUGGGCACACAGAGAUUGUGAAGUUUCUGGUGCAGUUUGGAGUAAAUGUGAAUGCUGCAGAUAGUGAUGGAUGGACCCCGUUACACUGUGCAGCAUCCUGCAACAACGUGCAGGUGUGCAAGUUCCUGGUGGAGUCAGGUGCAGCUGUGUUUGCCAUGACCUACAGCGACAUGCAGACAGCUGCAGACAAGUGUGAGGAAAUGGAGGAAGGCUACACACAGUGCUCCCAGUUCUUAUAUGGAGUCCAGGAGAAAAUGGGCAUCAUGAACAAAGGAGUGAUUUAUGGGCUCUGGGAUUACGAAGCUCAGAAUGAUGAUGAGCUCUCCAUGAAAGAGGGAGACUGCAUGACAAUCCUGCGCCGGGAGGAUGAGGAUGAAAUUGAGUGGUGGUGGGCACGGCUGAACGACAAAGAAGGCUACGUUCCCCGCAACCUGCUAGGGCUGUAUCCAAGGAUUAAACCUAGACAAAGAAGCUUGGCAUGAAGUAGUACAGCAGCCAGAUUCUUGAAGUACUAAUCAUGGAUGACUUAGGAAAAAAAACCUUCAUUCUGUGUUGGUUCCAAUAUCAUGAGACUGAUUUCAAUGACAAUGUAAUCUGAAAGCUACAAAGAAUGUGCUUUGAAAACAAAUGAAGGAUUGAUGCAUCAGCCAGUGGAUGAGGGCAUUCUACAAGAAGAAAGAACGUUUGCAAGCAAAGGAACUUCUGCUGCUGUGGGUCUGAGCAAGCCCCUGUGUUGAAGUGCUCACUCUGAUCUCUUCUGGCAUUGCAGAAAAGAAUCUCAGCGUUUUUCUUCAUUAAAUACAAAGACUUUUUUCAGUUUACCUCUAAGGACUGAUCAUGAAAACAGACAACUUGACUUCAUCCAGGUUUAUCCCGAGGCUUUUUCCAGAUGGGAGAAAGUUGAAGUACAUGCAUGGUACCCAAAUGCACACUGCUGGAAGCAGAACGUUGUGUUUGCAGAAGCUAAACUGGAGUGCAUCUGGAGAGCAAGAAGCAAGUGAGCAGUUCAUUUAGCAAUAACUUCUAGAAGUGCUGUAGCAUCUUAGGGCUUCCAGCUACUCAAAAUAUCUGCUGUAACACACAAUGUAGGUUUAGAUUCCUCUUUUUACAAAGAGCCUCUCAUCUAUUUAUUGUAUUUUGUACUUUGAAAACUAAGUGUAGACACUUUCUGUAGUCCUUGACAACUUACUUAAUUUUUACUUGAUUGAGAUACCAUUAAACUUUUGUCCCCUCUUAAGGUUUAA